CGCCGCGGUGCCUUGUGUGGGAUGUAAGCGCGGAGGCCGCCGCCCGCCACCAUGGGGCUCAAAGCCGCGCAGAAGACGCUGUUCCCUCUGCGCUCCAUCGACGACGUGGUGCGCCUGUUCGCCGCCGAGCUGGCCCGAGAGGAGCCGGACCUGGUGCUCCUGUCCUUGGUCCUGGGUUUCGUGGAGCAUUUCCUGGCUGUCAACCGCGUCAUCCCCACCAACGUGCCCGAGCUCACCUUCCAGCCCAGCCCGGCGCCCGACCCCCCCGGCGGCCUCACCUACUUCCCCGUGGCCGACCUGUCCAUCAUCGCGGCCCUCUAUGCCCGCUUCACCGCGCAGAUCCGCGGCGCCGUCGACCUGUCCCUGUACCCGCGGGAGGGGGGCGUCUCCAGCCGCGAGCUGGUCAAGAAAGUGUCGGACGUCAUCUGGAACAGCCUCAGUCGCUCCUACUUCAAGGAUCGCGCCCACAUCCAGUCCCUCUUCAGCUUCAUCACAGGCACCAAACUGGACAGCUCCGGCGUGGCCUUCGCCGUGGUCGGGGCGUGCCAAGCCCUGGGGCUCCGCGACGUCCACCUGGCCCUGUCCGAGGAUCAUGCCUGGGUUGUGUUUGGCCCCAACGGGGAGCAAACAGCCGAGGUCACCUGGCAUGGCAAGGGCAACGAGGACCGCCGAGGCCAGACGGUCAACGCCGGUGUGGCCGAGCGGAGCUGGCUGUAUCUCAAGGGCUCUUACAUGCGCUGCAACCGCAAGAUGGAGGUGGCAUUCAUGGUGUGUGCCAUCAACCCCUCCAUUGACCUGCACACCGACUCCCUGGAGCUGCUGCAGCUGCAGCAGAAGCUGCUGUGGCUGCUCUAUGACCUGGGCCAUCUGGAGAGGUACCCCAUGGCGCUAGGCAACCUGGCGGAUCUGGAGGAACUGGAGCCCACCCCUGGCCGGCCAGACCCACUCACGCUCUACCACAAGGGCAUCGCCUCGGCCAAGGCCUACUACCGGGAUGAACACAUCUACCCCUACAUGUACUUGGCGGGCUACCACUGUCGCAACCGCAACGUGCGCGAAGCCCUGCAGGCCUGGGCCGACACAGCCACCGUCAUCCAAGACUACAACUACUGCCGCGAAGAUGAGGAGAUCUACAAAGAGUUCUUUGAAGUGGCCAAUGAUGUCAUCCCCAACCUACUCAAGGAGGCAGCCAGCCUGCUGGAGGCGGGCGAGGAACGGCCGGGGGAGCCGAGCCAGGGCACCCCGAGCCAGGGGUCAGCGCUCCAGGACCCUGAGUGCUUCGCGCACCUGCUGCGCUUCUAUGAUGGCAUCUGCAAGUGGGAGGAGGGCAGCCCCACGCCGGUGCUGCACGUGGGCUGGGCCACGUUCCUUGUACAGUCCCUAGGUCGCUUCGAAGGACAGGUCCGGCAGAAGGUGCACAUCGUGAGUCGGGAGACCGAGGCAGCCGAAGCAGAGGAGCCGUGGGGCGAGGAGGCCAGGGAAGGCCGGCGCCGGGGCCCGCGGCGAGAAUCCAAGCCGGAGGAGCCACCGCCGCCCAAGAAGCCCGCGCUGGACAAGGGCCCGGGCGCUGGGCAGGGCACAGCAACAGGACCCCCGCGGAAGCCCCCAGGACCACUCCCCGCUGCUGGCGUCCCCCGAGGCCCUGAGGGCGGCAGCGCAGCCCCAGCAGCAGCGCCAGCGCCCGCAGCGUCGCCGCCGCCCGAGGGGCCGGUGCUCACGUUCCAGAGCGAGAAGAUGAAGGGCAUGAAGGAGCUGCUGGUAGCCACCAAAAUCAACUCGAGCGCCAUCAAGCUGCAGCUGACUGCGCAGUCGCAGGUGCAGAUGAAGAAGCAGAAGGUGUCCACGCCCAGCGACUACACGCUCUCCUUCCUCAAGCGCCAGCGCAAGGGCCUCUGACCGUCCGGCUACUCCGGCAGAGCAGAGCGUGCGGGCCGCGCCGCCCCGGGGUGGAUCGGAGGCCCCACCGGUCGCCCGGCCGUCCCUCCCGUCUAAGCUGCGCCCUCAGCUCCCCGGGACCACCCACCCUGACCCGGAAUCUCCAGUGAAGACUGUUCAGACCAGGGGGCCCUGCCCCGCUCGCCAGAGCAAUGGUCCAUUCCCCUAGUAUUUUGAGCCGGUCACUGGGACCCUCGCCAGGCCCUGGGCCAGACCCCGGUCCCCUCAGAGUCAUCCCCGGUUCCUGGGUGUCCGAGAACCUUGGGCACCACUCAGCCCCCGAAGUGCGAUUUCUGCCCGUGAUAGUUCCAUCCCUUGGGAAUCAGGCUUCUUGCCCUCUCCAGGACUAAAGUUCUGCUUCUAGAAUGUGGGCAUCUCGGCAUCCUCUCGCCCUACUCCCCAGGGCCGGCCCGCGCCUCCUGCAGCCUGAGCACCACCUCCCUCCGCCUUGCCCGGCUGGCUCUAGGUCAGAGCGAGACCCCUGUCUGGACCUGCAGGGGCCACAGGUGCAGCCCGGCCGGGCCCCUGGAGGAACUCAGCUGCCUACUAAGGGUGGGCAGGGGAACCCCAUCUCCUCCUGUUUUGUACAUAGAUUUAUUUUUCAGUUCCAAGG